CAUGAGCUACAGUGGUGGCAAAUAUAAAAUACAGGUAUACAGGUGUGUAAAUAUCGCUCAUCUCAAUUGUGUACACACAUUUGUUGCGCCUGGAGUGAAAAUAAACAAAAAAUCUAACGAAAAUAAAAUACAAAAUCAAUAAAACAUGGCCACGGAGGAGCAUCAACGCUUGGCCAACAUUGUGAAGAACUGUCACGAGAACUUACGACAGCUCACUAAAUUGUAUGGAGCCGAGCGUGCUUGGAAGGAGCACACGGCACCCCACAAUGCUGAAAAGCUGGCUGAGUAUGCAGAUGCAAUGCAGCAGCUCGCUGGCAUAUGGGAAUCGAAUGCCAGUAAGACGGAGCUGCAAGCACGUAGUCGCAUCAAGUGGGCCAUCGACUAUAUAAUCAAGUACUUCUACACGGAGGGCAUCUAUCUGCAAAAGCGACAGCGGGAGCAGCGCCUGCUCGCCUCCUACAAUGAACUGGCGGAUUCUGAGUGUGCGUACAUGGAUGAGCCACCGGACAGUGUGCGAGUGCUGGACGUAGGCAGCUGUUUCAAUCCGUUUGGCAAUACACCACACCUGGAGGUGACAGCCAUCGAUCUUUGUCCCGCACCUGGAGCUCAUGUGUUCCAAGGUGACUUUCUCACAGUGAGCGUGGACGCCAGUUUGAAGCAACCGGAGAUUGUCGAUCAGACCGUAAAAAGCUUACCUGCUGGCUACUAUCAUUGUGUCAUCUUCAGCCUCCUGCUGGAGUACAUUCCCAGUGCGGAACAGCGUUUGGUUUGCUGCCAGAAGGCAUAUGAACUGCUGGGACCGGAGGGAAUUCUAGUCAUUAUCACUCCCGACUCCCAGCAUGUGGGCAAGAAUGCCAGUAUCAUGAAGAACUGGCGAUUCGCUCUGGCCAAGCUGGGCCUGCUGCGCGUCCGCUUCGAGAAACUGCCCCACAUCACGUGCAUGGUCUUUCGACGAGCCAUUAGCCAGCAUUUGUCGCAGCACUGGGCGAGCGUGCACCGGGAGGAGGGCAUCUGCGAGACGAUUCGCAUUCCACAGGACGAUCAUUAAAUAGCCCUAGCCAUAAUCACCUAUCUGUAAUCCAUGAAUGUGUACUUGUGUCUGCAUUAUAUUUAUGAGUUCCUUCUUCGUUCUUAACUAUUUCUAAAUAUGACAUAAAUAGUUACUUAAAUACUA